UCCCCCCACCCCCGCGCCGCCCGCUGAUGUCCCGGGACAGCUGGUGCAGGGCCGGCGUUGUCCGUCGGGAACCUACCCCCACCCCUCCCCCUCUCCCCCCUCCGGGUCGGUCGGCCGGUGAGGGAGCGCGGAGCGGCAGUGGCCGGCGGUGAGGAAGCGGCCGGCCUGAGGACGACAUGUCCGCGGACGAGCCGAGCGGCGGCGCCCGGAGGGCGACCAAGAGCAAACUCUUUGAGUUUCUGGUCCAUGGGGUGCGUCCAGGCAUGCCGUCGGCCACCCGCAUGGCCCCCCAGGGGUCAGCCAUGGGGCCGCCUGGACCUCCGUACGGAGCCAGUCCCACUGUGCGCCCCGGCAACCCCCCACCCAUCCUCGAGCAGUCCCGCAAACGCACAGCACCAACGCAGGUACAGCAGCAGCAGGCAGCCGUGCAGAGCCGGGCCCGCAGCGCCAAGCGACGACGGUUGGUGGACAAGAUCCUGCCCCAGAAGAUCCGGGAGCUGGUGCCCGAGUCCCAGGCCUACAUGGACCUGUUGGCCUUCGAACGGAAGCUGGACCAGACCAUCAUGAGGAAGCGGGUGGACAUUCAGGAGGCUCUGAAGAGGCCCAUGAAGCAAAAGCGGAAGUUGCGCCUCUACAUCUCCAACACCUUCAACCCCGGGCGGUCGGACGCGGACGACUCGGACGGCUGCAUCGCCUCCUGGGAGCUGCGGGUCGAGGGGAAGCUUCUAGAAGACACUGGCAAACAGAAGAGGAAAUUCUCCUCGUUCUUCAAGAGCCUGGUGAUAGAACUCGACAAGGAUCUGUAUGGACCUGACAACCAUCUGGUGGAGUGGCACCGUACCCCCAGCACCCAGGAGACGGACGGGUUCCAGGUGAAGCGGCCAGGAGACGUCAGUGUGCGCUGCACCCUCCUGCUGAUGCUCGACUACCAGCCCCCCCAGUUUAAGUUGGACCCCCGGCUGGCCCGGCUGUUGGGCCUCCACACACAGACACGCUCGGCCAUUGUCCAGGCCCUGUGGCAGUACAUCAAGACCAACAAACUACAGGACAGCCACGACAAGGAGUACAUUGCCUGUGACAAGUACUUCCAGCAGAUCUUUGACUGCCCCAGGCUGAAGUUCUCUGAGAUCCCUCAGAGACUAACCAGCCUUCUGCUUCCUCCUGACCCCAUCAUCAUCAACCACCUCAUCAGUGUGGACCUGAGUGACCAGAAGAAGACGGCGUGCUACGACAUAGAUGUGGAGGUGGACGACCCCCUCAAGUGCCAGAUGAGCAGCUUCCUGCUGUCCACAGCCAACCAGCAGGAGAUCGCCGGCCUGGACAACAAGAUCCACGAGACGAUUGAGUCCAUCAACCAGCUGAAGAUACAGAGGGAUUUCAUGCUCAGCUUCUCCAAAGACCCAAAGUGCUACAUCCAGGAGUGGCUGCGAUCCCAGAGCCGGGAUCUCAAGAUCAUGACGGACGUGGUGGGCAGCCCAGAGGAGGAGCGGAGGGCAGAGUUUUACCAGCAGUCCUGGUCCCAGGAGGCUGUCAGCCGCUACUUCUACUGUAAGAUUCAGCAGCGACGACAGGAGCUGGAGCAAGCCAUUGCGGUGCGCACCACCUAAAACCUUCCCCACUGGAAACUGGACCCACCCAGACCCCCUCCCCCAACCGCGUGUGAGUGUUCCCCCCCCCCAUUGCCAUAUGCCCAACAAUGCCAAGCCUAACAAACGCCCUCUCCUCCGCCCUGUCCACCUGACCAGCGGUUGUCAGGGAACCAUACCCAUGUACCCCGGAUCUCUCCAGGGCCAGACUGUUUACUGUGUACACCAUAAAUGGUAGAGCCAUGAAUUUAUUCCUAAAACGUCACAAAGUGCCGAGGUAACUCAGCGGGUCAGGCAGCAAAUCUGGAGAACGUGGAUAGCCAUUGUUUCCAUGUGACAUCCCGAUCAAAAUCAUCAUCUAUCCAUGUUCUCCAGAGAUGCUGCCUGACCCCGCUGAGUUACUCCAGCACUUUGUGUCUUCUUUUGUAAGCCAGCACCUGCAGUAACAUCUUUCUACAUUCUUCUGACACCCAGCUGCAAUAUGCCACCGUUGGUAGUUUAGUGGUUACAAUACAGCUGAUUGGUUAGUGUUUCCAAUUCCCAGAAUCGAUAGUUGAUAAAGAGAAGAGUCUGGGUCAGUUCUGUGGAGGCUCCAGUGACUGCCCCUGGUCUCUCUAUUCCCUGCCCAUCAUCCGGACCACAAGUCCCAUCCUUCUUCUCCCACAAAUGCUGCGUCUCUUUGGUCUUCCAACUGUCUCUGGAUUUCCUGACCCUCGGCACUGUUAAAAAUUCAUUUUGUUGCUGUGUUAAUUCGGAGUCAUGUGGAGAUGGUCCUUGCGUUCAGCCAGACCACUGCUUGAAUGGGUCCUUGGUCCAGACCCCCUGUGAUCAGUGUCAUCAGCUACCGUGGCAUGUGUGAUCACUGGCUCCCUUCUGUUCCCUCCAGCUGUUAACCAGCCUUCAGUCACCGAUUAACUUGUUCAAGUUCCCCUUUGUUAGUGAGUUUCUGCCAGACUCGCUGUUCUGUCUCAGACUGUCCGCUGACCUUCACAGUAUUAACCGUGGUUCCCUUCAGCACAUUCUUGGCAACUUGCAUCACUUUUGGCAAAUGGACUGUCUUGUUCCUCAACCUUCUGCCACGUUGCUGUAACGACUUUUACAGCUCAGGGCCUGAGUUACAGGGAGAGGUUGGGCAGUCUGGGACUUUAUUCCUUGGAGCGCAUGAGGCUGAGGGGUGAUCUUAUAGAGGUGUAU